GGAAGUACUAAAAGCUCCAUAUUUCUCUUCGUAUUAUUUCCGGAACACAUGGCCGUUUUCUAACCCCCUUAAUGCGCGUCCGCUUCGUGUAGUGAUUAGAUAGAAAGAGUGAAUGAAAUAUAACUUAAGAAAACCAUGUCGAAGCUUUUUGUUUUAUUUGAGCAUGCUGCUGGCUAUGCCAUUUUUGCUGUCAAGGAAUUUGAAGAGGUAGGAAUGUUACUGCCUCAAGUUGAAGCAUCUGUCACAGAUUUGGCUCGUUUUAAUGCAGUUGUGAAACUAGUUGGAUUUUCACCUUUUAAAACUGCUUUAGCAGCUCUAGAAAAUAUAAAUAGUGUCUCUGAAGGAAUUGUUCCAGAAGAUUUACAGUUAUUUAUAGACUCAUGUAUACCAAAAUCUGGAAAGAAAAACAAAGUUGUGCUUGGAGUGGCGGAUCCAAAACUUGGAGCUAGCAUUACUGAAGCAUUAGAUAUAAAGUGUGAUCAUAUUGGUGUCAUUCCAGAAAUUAUUAGAGGAAUAAGGUUUCAUUUUCAUAAUUUAGUGAAAGGUUUCACUGCUAAAAGUUCUGGAAUUGCACAACUUGGACUUGGUCAUAGUUAUUCUAGAGCUAAAGUUAAAUUCAAUGUCAAUCGUGUGGAUAAUAUGAUUAUACAAAGCAUAGCUCUGUUAGACCAAUUGGACAAAGAUGUCAAUACAUUUAGUAUGCGAAUAAGGGAAUGGUACAGUUAUCAUUUUCCAGAGCUUGUAAAAAUAGUUCCUGAGAAUUAUAUGUAUGCCAAAGUUGCAAAAUUAAUAAAAAACCGAAAAGAACUUACAAAUGAAAAGUUAGAAGCUUUGGAAGAAAUUGUUAUGGACAGUGCCAAAGCUCAAGCAAUUAUUGAUGCAUCCAAAUCAUCUAUGGGAAUGGAUAUCAGUCCUGUUGAUCUUCUUAAUAUCGAAAUGUUUGCAGCACGUGUUAUUGCUUUGGCUGAUUACAGAAAACAAUUAGCAGAAUAUUUAAGUUCUAAAAUGGCAGGAGUUGCACCAAAUUUAGCUACGUUAAUAGGUGACCAAGUAGGAGCCAGAUUAAUAGCACAUGCUGGAUCUCUUACAAACUUAGCCAAAUAUCCUGCCUCUACUGUGCAAAUAUUGGGGGCGGAAAAGGCCUUAUUUAGGGCUUUAAAAACUAGAGGUAACACUCCAAAAUAUGGUCUAUUAUUCCAUUCAACUUUUAUUGGUCGUGCGGGUACAAAAAAUAAGGGUAGAAUUUCAAGAUAUCUUGCGAAUAAAUGUUCCAUAGCAUCAAGAAUUGAUUGCUUUACUGAUACACCAACUAAAGUAUUUGGUGAAAAAUUACGACAACAAGUAGAGGAUAGAUUGAAAUUUUAUGAAACUGGAGAAGUACCUAAGAAAAAUAUAGAUGUAAUGAAAGAAGCUUUAGAAGAAGCUGCACAAGUGAUAGCAAGUAUGGAACAAGAAUCGUCUAAAAAGAAAAAGAAGAAAGAUAAAAAAAGAAAAAGUGAGAUUUUAGAGAAUGGAAAGGAAAACGGAUUUGUCGAAAAUGGAGUACAAGAAGAAACUGAAGAGCCAGUAAAAAAAAAGAAAAAAAAGAAGAAAUCAAAAAGUAUAAAUGAAAAUGAAUGAAAACCUAUAUAUUAUCUUUAUGUAAUAAUAAUGGUAUAAUCAUUAUAAUCAGAUUUUCUUAUUCAUAUCACUGUAAAUUAUAUGUUGAA